CCACUAUUGUUUAAUAAUCUUUAUAUUCUUUGUUUUACAGCUGAUAAAAUAUCUUCUAUGAGCGCCAUGCACAAAAUGGUUUUACUGGUUUUACUGUGGAGCUUAUGUUUGCUUCAUUUGGAGGGAUCACCAAUCAGCAAAAGGUCCAUCAGUGAAGUCCAGCUCAUGCACAAUGUUGGAGAACGCAAACAGGUGCUGGAGAGACAGGACUGGCUUCAGGUGAAGCUGAAGUCGAUCCUUAUCCCCUCCGUCAACGACUCACAGAAAGGACAAAAGGCAAAAAUCAGGACUAUUGUUACAGAUAUUUCACUGUCUGGGAAAAUCCAGUCUGGAUCGUGAGCGAACCCUGAGGCCUCGUCUUCGAGUUCGGUCUUUUGUAUGAGACAAAAUGAACUUUUAAAGAAAAGAAAGUGUUUUCACUCUAAAUGUUUAGUGUCCUCACAGAGAUAUAGCCCCUGCCCUGUUUCUGUGCAGGCAUAAAACUACGGCUCCUUUGCAGAAGUGCACUGAAUCACAAUUGUUUUUAUUUAUUUUCAUACUUUAAUUUAUUAUUUUAAUUUAUUUGACUUUCUGACUGUUUGAUAUAUAAAUGAAUCUGUGUAGAAUUAUUUGUUAAAAUGAACUGGUUAAAAGUUAAAACCAGUUAGGACAUGUGAAGGACACGGCUACAGCUACGGCUACGGCUUGUGUUUGUGUGGGUGAAUAGAAGUUUACAUAACAGUCUCAGUUUGUGUUGCAGCACUGUUAUAUAGCCUAAUUCAGGUGAAAA